AUGACCACAUCGAACGGUGAGCUGCUCGGGUUGGCUUUUAUGGCGUUCUUCAUUAUAACGCUGUCGUCGACGGCCCGAUACUACUUCAAGUUCUUCUGCUUCAUCNNNCUCUCGCUGAUAUGCGCCGUAGGACCCGUUCCGAUUAUGCUGCUUCGGCCACGCGACUACCGAAAUGCGCUAAUUCCGGCGUACCUGUGUGUGGGCUUCGGCAAGAUGCUCGGCGCAUCGUUCACGGUGCGCGGCAAGGAAAACGUCCACCGGAACCACGGCGGAGUCGUGUUAAUGAACCACCAGAGCGCCCUCGACUUGAUCGUACUGGCCGAACUGUGGCCAAUAAUGGGACGCUCGACGGUGGUGGCGAAAAAGGAGGUUCUGUACCUGUUCCCGUUCGGCACGGCCUGCUGGCUCUGGGGCACCCUGUUUAUCGAUCGGAAGAACCGUGAUUCAGCAAGGAAUGUUAUCAACAAAGAGGCGAAAGCCAUCAACGAGAAACAGGCGAAGCUACUGUUCUUCCCGGAGGGCACCCGGGGCAGCGGUGACCGGCUGUUGGCGUUCAAGAAAGGAUCCUUCCACGUUGCCGUCGAAUCGCAGGGCUACAUUCAGCCGGUGGUCAUUUCGAAGUAUCAUUUCCUCAAAUCCAAUGCCAAGAUUUUCGAUCGAGGGCAAAACAUUAUCAAAAUUCUGCCGGAAAUUUCGUGCGCCGGGCUGACGAAGGACGACAUUCCGGAGCUGAUGGAGCAGGUGCAGAAAAUAAUGCAGAAGGAGUACGAACUUCUCUCGGAGGAGUCGCUGGCUAUCAACAACCUGAGUGAGGUGCACUAGAAGGAAGCUUCCCUGGACGAUGGGAGCCAACCUCUUCAUGAACGCAGCGCCUCUUCGGCUAGACAGAACGUGUCUUCGUGCUUAGGGUUUCUUAUACAGUCAUACUUUCUUUCGUUUGUUUUCGGAAACUGUGCAUUGUUGGCAGGCGCAUCAACUUCGAUCACCAGCAUCUAGUUGAACGAAAUUUGUCUCUAUGCUCCAGGCCGUACUUUACUCGAACUAAAAGGUGGUAGCAACACCAAUCGAUGUAUGUUUUAUUUAGUCUAUUUAGUCUUCUAACGUACGCGUCAACUCAGGCUUAUGCAUAAUUUUAACGAUACGCACAAACGGUGACGCAGUCGGUUCGGGGACUGUCUACUGGUGUUUACUAUCUUCUCACAAACUCCGCACAAAAUACCGGUUCCUGUAGGUUUCUAAGUGAACGAUGAGUAGGAUGAGACAGUCAGGCAGAAACAAAACAGUAAAGUAACGGGUCAAGCGUCAAGCAAAGUUCCCUCACGGGAACCCAAGAUGCAUACUACUAGUUAGCGCCAUAGAUGAAGGUAGCAGAACUAUCUGAAAAACUAAACCUAGGAAUGCCUCAGCGGCGGGUAGCGCACAAAAACCAACUGCUUGUAAAUAGCGUACAAAGUACAUAUUUUAGUAACGUGCAAGUUUUAUGCGGCCAUAGAUUUACGGAAACUUUGAAAUGGCGGCGAACCAGGAAACCCCGACGAAAGGGGCUCUCCUGCGAGGCUCCUCCAGCCAGCAACACCAUCAUCAGGAUGUAACGAAACGAGCCUCCCCACAAACGUAGAUGCGCGACAGACGACGUACAACGCUGCGUACUUCAAUUGUGAUAAUACAAUAAACUGCUACAAAA